UGUGAACCAGAGGGUCACUCCAUGACGCAGCGACGCACGCAGGGCGUUGUUCUUCCAUAAUGAGAAACUUUAUAACUGAACGUUGGCCCUGGCAUCAAUCUAGUGUCAGUAAGACUUUGUAAGGAGGAGGACUACUGCUGGUGGACUCUUUUUGGGAACUUGCUUCUUGCUUUUGCUACUUCUGAAGGAAACACGAGCUCAGCGCCUGAAAUUAUCUGUAAAGAUGCUGCUCCUGCUCCUGGGAAUCGUCUUCCUGCACAUCGCUGCUCUUGUCCUCCUCUUUGUGUCAACAAUAGUCAGCGUAUGGACGACGGGGGAAACUAUAACCUCUGACCUCUGGAGAAACUGCACAACUUAUGGCAGAGAGACCAGCUGCAACCCAGCAUCAGCCGGAGAGUGGAUCCAGGCAGUCCAGGCUCUCAUGAUCCUCUCCAUCAUCUUCAGUGUCCUGUCUCUCUUCCUGUUCUUCUGCCAGCUCUUCACCUUGCAGAAGGGUGGACGCUUUUUUCUCACUGGAGCCUUCCAGAUCCUGGCCAGUUUGUUUGUGAUGAGCGGAGCCAUCAUCUACACGGUGAUGAGUCCAGAGUGGGUGCCUGAGAAGCACAACUUUGGCUACUCCUACAUCUUGGCGUGGGUGGCCUUCCCCUUGGCACUCAUCAGCGGACUCAUCUACGUAAUCUUGAGGAAACGAGAAUGAGUCCUCAGUUACCCGACAGCAAGUGUUCGAAGUCCCCUUCUGCAGUUUCAGGUUGUGAAGGUAGCCUUAAACGCAGCUAACAUAGGGGAGCUAAUACCAAAAACCACCAAUACUGUUAAAGAUGUAUAUAGUAUCUAUGGUUUAAAACCUAUUUAUAACACUUUUUACAUAAAUGUACAUAGUCUUUGUGUUGCUUUGUCAAAUGUGCUUUGUUUAAGCUGAUUAAGUGCCUCAGUCUUUGUUUGUAACGAUGAAAUGAUCCAACAUGAUUGUGUUGUGGUUUUAUCUGCCUUUUUGUUUGAGUAAUUGCCAAAGAUAAAAAGAAAAAAAAAAUACAAAACAAGUGUUUUACCAACCAAAAUGCAUGUAUAAAAACAGGAAGAUAAAGCAAACUUUUAUUUAUGGACUUGCUCAAAUAGUGUAAACAUCAUAGGAUGUAGCAUAGCCUUGAAUUGGUUAUUUUUCUAUUUUUGAAUUUGCUAUUUUUUGUUUCAUUUACUGCAAAAUAUGGUGCUAUGUAUUUAUCAUUCCUAUUACUGAUAGAAAUCAUUUACUAGAUAUUUUGUUGUGUUAUACGUUAUUUAAAUUGAGAAUCAAGUCAGAGGAACACUGCAGAGCCUCACUGCUUAUUUAGGGAACACAACUUAUACUUAGCAGUGUUUUGUGUUUGUUCAUCAGCAGUAAAAUUGUAAGAUUAAGGCUGUGCACAGAUGAGGUCAGAAUUAUUACUCUGCACAUUAAAAAAAUGGUUUCGGUAGGUUUUAAAUGAAUCUGUUUGAAAUGUCUUCAUUAUUGUUUCUGUUGAAGCCUCAAGAAGCCAAAUUGCCUUUAUAAUCAAACCUCUUUUAGGGAAUAACACUGCCAACAAAAAUAAUAACAAUGCUACAACUACAAGCCACCAAGGUGAAUCCAAAUGAAAAUCAAUUGCAACAUAUAGUGGUUACUCUAUAUGUGAAGUAAGGACAGAGAGACCUGCAGCAACGAUACCAUUAUUAGCUUGACAUACUUGAAGACUCGCUGCGAUUUCUGCCUACUCGUGUUAGUUAUCUUUGUUCUGCUCUACUGUACAAAAACACAGUUUAUAAAUAUGUGUGUGCAUAACAGCAACUUGCAGCAAAAAUGUAGUCUCAAAUGCUCACUAAAUAAAACUACUCUGCAUUAUCCAGUACUGUGUUUUCCACUGUUACAAGAGACUGGCUUUGAUGUAUGUGAAGCUAAAUUGGACCCAGAAGCCCUUCUUAAGGAUUUAUUCUAACAAUAAAGAAAGAAACAGCUGCAAGAGCAGCGCACAGAAACCAUAAAUCCCUUAACUGGUUUCUGGUGCAGAACCCAUAACUGACAUGUUGCAUGUUUUACAUGUGCUUUAAGAUGGAUACCUAGCUUGUCUUGAUGAGCAUCCUUUCUGCAUGUGGUUGCAAAAUUACUGUAUCCAACUUGUGUCAUGCUCGCUGGGGCAAAGGCACGCCUUGCAAUACCAGUUAUUCAAAACAUGCAUCAUGUGUUUCGGUGUUGGUGUCUCCUCCCACACCAGAUAAGAGAGGACUUGUUUAAACUCUGUGUGAUGCUACACAGUAUGUCCUCCACCCAUCUCCUUUAAAACAGCUAUGUUUUACUGAAACUGCUAAUUGGCUAGGGGUUGUAUCUGAUCAUGGGUCCAGUUAGAAGAGAGUCCCUCUAAUGACGACUGCCCUGAUUUGUUGUAAGCCUAAAGCCUUCUCCAUCUCAACCUCUACAAAGCUUAUUCCAAUUUAUUCAUUAAUAAAAUAUAUUUCUGACCACCUAA